AUGGUUGAAUCUGAGCGGAACAGGUUUGACAUACGCCGUAUCUGGGAUCGACUUAGAGGGAGAAAGGCGAGAUAUGAUACUCAGGGACCAAGAAUCAUCCAUAUAAACGACCGGGUUUCGAACGAUGCGUUUGGUUAUGGUGAUAACCAUAUAUCAACUACAAAGUACAACUUUGCAACGUUCUUACCGAAGUUCCUCGUCCAGGAGUUCUCCAAGUAUGCGAACGUGUUUUUCCUGUUCACCUCUGCGAUCCAGCAGGUUCCAAACGUCUCACCUACAAACCGUUACACCACAAUUGGAACGCUUCUCGUUGUGCUCUUGGUUUCCGCGUUGAAGGAAAUCAUGGAGGAUAUCAAGAGAUCGAAUUCUGAUAAGGAAUUGAACUACUCGAGGGUGGAGGUUUUAUCACCGGAGCACGGCGAGUUCAUAUCGAAGAAAUGGAUUAAUGUGGCUGUGGGUGACAUCAUCAGCGUCAAGUCCGAGGAGGCCAUUCCUGCGGACAUGAUCAUACUGAGUUCUUCUGAACCAGAAGGUCUAUGCUAUAUCGAAACCGCAAAUUUGGAUGGUGAAACUAACCUGAAGAUUAAGCAAUCUCUUCCAGAGACUGCGCAUUUGGUUUCACCACAAGAUUUGAUAGCGAUGAAGGGUAAAGUCCUUUCAGAGCAGCCAAACUCGAGUCUUUACACCUUCGAAGGUACACUGAACUUGUUCGAUAGGGAGUACCCAUUGAACCCGGAUCAGAUGCUUCUUAGAGGUGCCACGUUGAGAAACACGGGAUGGAUUCAUGGUUUAGUUGUUUUCACAGGUCAUGAAACGAAAUUGAUGCGUAACGCUACAGCAACGCCAAUCAAGAGAACAGCAGUGGAACGUAUCAUCAAUUUACAGAUCAUAGUGCUGUUUGGUGUAUUGAUUGUUCUUUCUUUAAUUUCAUCAAUUGGUAACGUUGUUAAAGUAUCUGCAGACUCGAAACACUUGACUUAUCUUUUCCUUCAGAACAGAAACAGAGCUGGUCUAUUCUUUAAAGAUUUGCUUACAUAUUGGAUCUUGUUCUCAAAUCUUGUGCCAAUCUCUCUAUUUGUUACUGUGGAAAUCAUCAAGUAUUACCAAGCAUAUAUGAUUGCAUCAGAUUUAGAUAUGUACCAUCCUGAGACAGAUACCCCAACUGUGGUGAGAACUUCGAGUUUGGUUGAGGAACUAGGACAGAUUGAAUACAUCUUUAGUGAUAAAACGGGUACAUUGACGAGAAACAUUAUGGAGUUCAAGUCUUGUUCCAUAGCUGGACAUUGUUACAUUGAGGAAAUUCCGGAGGAUAAAGAGGCUAAGAUGAUUGAUGGUGUAGAGAUGGGAUUUCAUACAUUCAAGAAGAUGUUUGAAAAUUUGGAAACAGGUGACGAUGCUAGUUUGAUUGACGAAUUCUUGACACUUUUAGCCAUCUGUCACACGGUCAUCCCGGAAGUCCAAAGUGAUGGAUCCAUCAAGUACCAGGCUGCUUCUCCUGAUGAAGGUGCUCUAGUGGAAGGUGCAGCGUCCUUGGGAUACAAAUUCACUAUCAGAAAACCAAAGUUUGUGACGAUUGAGGUUCAUGGCCAGCAGUUGGAGUACGAACUACUCCAUGUUUGUGAAUUCAAUUCGACCAGAAAGAGAAUGUCUGCCAUCUUCCGACUCCCUGACGGGUCUAUCAAGUUGCUCUGUAAGGGUGCGGAUACUGUUAUCUUGGCACGUUUGUCCGAAGACAAUCCUUAUGUCACUGCAACAACUCGUCAAUUAGAAGAUUACGCUGCCGAAGGGUUGAGAACUCUUUGUAUUGCCACUAGAACGAUUCCAAACGAUGAAUACGAAGAAUGGGCUCAACAAUACGAAAAAGCGGCAACUUCCAUGGAUGAUAGACAGCAAAAGAUGGAUGAUACUGCGGAACUGAUUGAAAGAGAUAUGCUCCUUAUCGGAGCCACUGCUAUUGAGGAUAAGUUACAGGACGGUGUUCCAGAGACAAUUCACACUUUACAGGAGGCGGGCAUUAAGAUCUGGGUCCUGACAGGUGAUAGACAAGAGACUGCCAUCAACAUUGGUAUGAGUUGUAAACUGCUCAGUGAGGACAUGAACCUUUUAAUCGUUAACGAGGAAACAGCAGAGGCCACGAAACACAACAUCAGUUCCAAAUUGGAAGCCAUCAAAGAGUACAAAGUGUCUCAACAUGAUAUCGAUACGCUUGCUCUUGUUAUCGAUGGUCAAUCCCUUGGGUACGCCUUAGACUACUGCGAUGAUUUACUCCUGGAUUUGGCAUGCUCGUGUAAAGCCGUCAUCUGUUGUCGUGUUUCGCCCUUACAAAAGGCACUUGUGGUGAAAAUGGUGAAGAACAAGAAAAAAGCAUUGCUACUUGCCAUUGGUGAUGGAGCCAAUGAUGUGAGUAUGAUUCAAGCUGCACAUGUUGGUGUUGGUAUUAGUGGUAUGGAAGGUAUGCAGGCUGCUAGAAGUGCCGAUUUUGCCAUUGCACAGUUUAGAUUUCUGAAGAAGUUGCUGCUUGUCCAUGGUUCUUGGAGUUACCAGAGAAUCUCAGCUGCAAUUCUGUACUCGUUUUACAAGAAUAUUGCCCUUUAUAUGACCCAAUUUUGGUAUGUUUUUGCCAAUUGUUAUUCUGGUCAAUCCAUCAUCGAAUCAUGGACUUUGACUUUCUACAAUGUUUUGUUUACAGUUCUACCACCAUUCGUUAUUGGUGUGUUUGACCAAUUUGUGAGUGCAAGGUUAUUGGAGCAGUAUCCACAAUUAUACCAAUUGGGCCAGAAGGGUGUAUUCUUCAACGUUUCGAUCUUCUGGGGAUGGGUGAUCAAUGGUUUCUACCAUUCCGCGUUGACGUAUGUUUUGAGUACACUAUUCUACAGAUAUGGAUUUGCACUCCAUAACGGUUAUACUGCGGACCAUUGGGUUUGGGGUACGGCAAUCUACACCUCCUCCGUACUAACGGUGCUCGGUAAAGCUGCGCUCAUCACUGCAAACUGGACCAAAUUCACGGUGAUUGCCAUUCCAGGUUCCUUCUUAUUCUGGCUUGCGUAUCUUCCACUGUAUGCCUUGAUUGCCCCACUGACUGGUGUCUCUAGAGAGUACCGUGGUACUAUCUCUCACCUGUACACUUCUGUCACCUUCUGGGCAAUGAUCUUCGUGCUUCCCGUGUUGUGCCUGUUGAGAGAUUUCGCCUGGAAGUACUACAAGAGAAUGUACUACCCAGAAUCCUACCACUACGUCCAAGAGAUUCAGAAGUACAAUGUUGCCGACUACAGACCACGCAUUGAACAGUUCCAAAAGGCCAUCCGUAAAGUGAGACAGGUUUCAAGAAUGCGGAAGCAAAGAGGGUUUGCAUUUUCACAGGCCGAAGAAGGACAGGAGAGACUUGUUAGAAUGUAUGAUACCACUCUUUCGAGAGGCGCCUACGGAGAGAUGAGAGAGGCUGAUCAAGACUGA